AUGGGUUCUUGCUGUUAAAGUAGUCAAGUACCUCGGGAUUAGUAUUUAUUCCCAGAUGGAGGCGUGUAUACUGGAGAGCUGAAGGAUGGAUUACCACAUGGUGUUGGAGCUAUUUCUUUUGAUAAUGGAUCAUCCUUUGAAGGACACUUCGAGAAUGGGGUGAAAAGUGGCAAAGGUGUUUACAGAUGGAGUGAUAAUUCUUAUUAUGAUGGGGAAUUUUUGAAUGAUGCAUUUAAUGGUUAUGGCGAAUUUUAUUGGAGCAAUGGCAAAUGGUACAAAGGAUAAUGGGUGGAUGGGUUUAUGAAAGGAGAGGGGCAAUUCUUUUCUGAUGGUAAGACGUAUAAGGGUGAAUUUGAAAAUGAUAAGAGAAAUGGGAAGGGAGAGUAAAUUUGGCCCAACAGAUAAAAAUACGUUGGAGAAUGGAAGAACAAUAAGAUGCACGGGAAAGGAUAACUCACAGAGCCCAGUGGGAGGGUCAUUGAAGGAGAAUGGGUAAAGGGAAAAAAGAAAUGA